CAGAAGUUGCUCCCGCAAAGCUUCCGACCGUGCCUCCUCCUCCCUCGAUCUCUUCACUCUUUGUCCAGAGUGAAGCUGUGCAAGGAAAAGCGCAUCCGCCAUCCUUGGAAAAGGUCAUAGGAGAGCGACAGCUUGUGGUUUGCGGCAAGGGACUCUUUGUGUCUGCGGGAAAUCGCCCCAAAAAGUGGAGAGGUCAAAGUGAGCAACCUGAAAAAGGUUGAGGAAAGCUGUCUUGCUUGCUCAGAUCUAGGAGUUUAAAGGUUUCUGUAGGGUACAGAGCAUAGAAACCUUGACCUCUUAGGGAGAGAUAGGUAGCAGCUAAGAGGGAGUGUGCAAAGCGCUGACAGGAAGCGGUAACCAACUUGGGCGCAGCUGGCAUGGCGUCUUGUCAGGGCUUGUGCGUCAGGGGUGUGUUGGAGGCACCGCUGUGUGCACCGUCCACCUCGCAGAGCAGUCAGUCGUCGCACUUACCUAGCAAGCAGCUUGCAAGCUCUCCGUUCUUUGGAAGAGGUUUCCAGGUUUUGAAUCAGAGUCAUACCCAAGGUAAGAGUCUGCAUCAAUCAUGCAGCAGAGCUCCAGGCAUGAAGAGUUGCAUGGCUUCUGGUGCUGUCCAGACCUCCCAGGACUCGAAAGUUUCUGAGUACAACGAGAACAUGAAGCGCGCCAUGGCGAAUCCAUACGAGUAUCACCAUGAGAUGGGCAUGUACUACACAAGGAUCACACCGAACCUCAUUGUUGGCUCGCAGCCUCAGACCCCUGAGGAUGUAGAGAGAUUGUUCCAUCAGGAGGGCAUCACAGCAAUUGUCAACCUGCAGCAGGACCAUGACAUUGCUUAUUGGCAUGUGGAUCUACACCCCAUUAUGAAGCGUUGCGAGGAGCUCGGGGUGGUCCACAUCCGCAGGCCCGCUCGUGACUUUGACCCCAACAGUCUCAGACAGGAGCUCCCUAGGAUGGUUGCUGCGAUUGACAGGCUGACCUGCGAGGGCAGGAAUGUGUAUCUGCACUGCACAGCGGGGCUUGGCAGGGCGCCCGGGUGUGCCAUUGCAUAUCUAUUCUGGUUCCAGCGGAUGACGAUGGAGGAAGCUUACGAGUUUUUAACGUCAAAGCGACCUUGUGGGCCCAAGAAGGACGCUAUCCGAGCAGCCACCUUUGACCUUGUGAAAGGAGACUUUCACUGGGAAAGGUUUGAACACCUUCCUGCUGAUGCGUUCAACAACGUGGCCCCGUGGGAGCGGGAUUUGAUCCAGGACAAGGUCCGGAAUUUGUAUCAGUAAUUGAGUGAAUGCUUGAAUCCAGAGGCUGACUACUGGAUUGUUUUGGAAUCCUUCCUCCACUUGGGACUUGGGACUCACGGUAAUGUAGUUGUACAUUGUUAGGUUAACAAUCUCGCUCGGCCCUGGGGUUGCAAUUGUGGCAUUUGUUGAAUUGAGGUGAGCACGAGAGGAAGGAGUAUGAUAUACACUGAUUUUUGUACUGCAGUAGGUAGUUGAUUCAUUUGGCGUCAAAUAAUACCAACUUUGGAUUGAGUACUGAUAUUCCCGGGGUACAUUGCUCUGCAGUGAUAUUGAACCAUUCUUUGAGUAGGUCUAGCUUUGGUAAUAAUACCUGAGACGAUUUUGACAAACGCAUAAAUUGUGCUACAAUUCUCAGAAAUCUAUAACCUAUCCUUGAAAGGUUGUUUUCUCCAGCCUUCAACAUCUGAAUGCACCU